AUGAUGGAGGAGCGAGCGGCCCCCGCCGCCGCCGCCGCCGCAGCAGCAGCCGCUGCUGCCGCCGCCGCCGCCGCGACCGCCCCCGCCUGCCGCCCGCCGGCCCCCGGCCCCGCCAAAGGCGGCGGCGGCGGGGGCGGGGCCGGCGGGGGCAGCCCCGGGGCGGGCCCCGAGCCGCUGAGCCUGCCCGGCAUCCUGCACUUCAUCCAGCACGAGUGGGCGCGCUUCGAGGCGGAGAAGGCGCGCUGGGAGGCCGAGCGGGCCGAGCUGCAGGCCCAGGUGGCUUUUCUUCAAGGGGAGAGAAAGGGGCAGGAGAACCUUAAGACGGACCUGGUGCGGCGGAUCAAAAUGUUAGAGUUUGCACUGAAGCAAGAACGAGCCAAGUAUCACAAACUGAAGUUCGGGACGGAACCAAACCAAGGAGAGAAGAAGUCAGACAUGCUGGAGCAAGUGCCCAACGGGCCUGUGGAGCCGGUCUCCUUGGAAAGCAGUCAGCUGGUAUGGAAGGAAGGCCGGCAGCUACUCCGACAGUACCUGGAGGAGGUGGGCUACACAGAUACCAUCUUGGACAUGCGCUCAAAGCGCGUGCGCUCGCUGCUGGGCCGCUCUGUAGAGCUGAACGGUGUGGCGGAGCCAGGCGAUGGUGGCCCUGGGGGGCUUCCCUCAGGGGAGUCAGUGCUGGCAAAGCAGAUUGAGGAGCAGAUCAAGAGGAACGCUGCGGGGAAGGAAGGCGCAGAGAGGCUGGGCGGCUCAGUGUUGGAAAAGAUCCCGUUCCUGCAGAAUUGUGAGGACGAAGAUAGCGACGAGGAGGAGGAGCUGGAGAGCUUGCAGCCCAAGAAGCAGCGGGUCAAGUUAUCAUCUAAGCCCCUGGUACCAGAAAUGGACGAGGAGGAAGAUGAUGAAGACUCUGAGGAUGCCAUCAACGAGUUUGACUUUCUGGGCUCCGGGGAGGACGGGGAAGGGCCUGCUGACGCCCGGCGCUCUGGGGACGGCACUGAGCUGGAGAGUCGGCGGGUGAAGCUGCAGGGCAUGUUGGCUGACCUUCGGGACGUGGAUGGGCUGCCCCCAAAAGGAACUGGGCCCCCCCCUGGCACGCCGCAGCCUCGGCCCCAUGACGGGUCCCUUGGUUUCUCCUCGGACGUCUUCAUCAUGGACACUAUUGGGGGUGGCGAGGUGAGCCUAGGGGACUUGGCCGACCUCACCGUCAGCAACGACAAUGACCUCAGCUGUGAUCUCUCCGACAGCAAAGAUGCCUUCAAGAAGACCUGGAACCCCAAGUUUACCCUCCGCUCCCACUAUGACGGCAUCCGCUCUCUGGCCUUCCAUCACAGUGAGUCGGCGCUGCUCACGGCCUCAGAAGACGGCACCCUGAAACUUUGGAACCUACAGAAGACUGUGGCGGCCAAGAAGAACGCUGCUCUGGACGUGGAGCCCAUCCACGCCUUCCGGGCCCACAGGGGCCCGGUGUUGGCAGUGGCCAUGGGUAGCCACAGUGAGCACUGCUACAGUGGGGGAGCGGAUGCCCGCAUCCACUGCUGGAGGAUCCCAGACCUCAACACGGACCCUUAUGAUGGCUACGACCCCGGUGUGCUGAGCAGUGUCCUGGAGGGCCACGGGGAUGCUGUGUGGGGCCUGGCCUUCAGCCCCACGUCACACCGUCUGGCCUCGUGUUCUGCGGAUGGCACCAUUCGUAUCUGGGACCCAAGCAGCAACAACCCCGCUUGCCUGUGCACGUUCCACACAGCUGGCGAACAUGGAAUCCCCACCUCUGUGGCCUUCACCAGCACAGAGCCAGCCCAGGCCGUCGCUUCCUUCCGCUCUGGUGACACGGUCCUCUACAAUAUAGAGACUGGCUGCGCCCUUCUCACGCUGGAGUCCCGAGGGAGCAGUGGUCCCACACAGAUCAACCAGGUGGUGAGCCACCCCAACCAGCCCCUUACCAUCACUGCCCACGACGACAGAGGCAUCCGAUUUCUGGACAAUAGGACAGGUAAAUCUGUGCAUUCGAUGGUUGCUCACCUCGAUGCUGUGACCUGCCUGGCUGUCGACCCGAAUGGUGUGUUCCUGAUGUCUGGAAGCCACGACUGCUCCCUGCGCCUGUGGAGCCUGGACAAUAAGACGUGCGUGCAGGAGAUCACAGCACACCGCAAGAAGCACGAGGAAGCCAUUCACGCCGUGGCCUGCCACCCCAGCAAGGCGCUCAUUGCAAGCGCCGGGGCCGAUGCCCUGGCCAAGGUGUUUGUAUGACGCCCGGUCUCACGCCCCGCCACCUCCCCCUCUUGAGGAAGGGCGGGGUGGGGCGCGUGGUCCCCAAAGACGGUGAUUUUCUCCACUCCAUGUCUGGUCUGGGGGAACAAGACGCCUCUGCUCCCUGAGCCUCAUGGUGCUAGCAGCCUGUGGGGCUGGCCUUCUCCUGUCACCUUCCCCAUUUCUAUUGGGGUUGAAGAUGGGAGCCAUUCUCUCCAGCCAGCAGGGACCUGAUGCUUCCCCACCCUGUCAGGGAUUUGCUCCUUUUCUCCCCUCUCCUCCCCACUGGGGCCUGGUCCUUUGGUCUUUGGGCCACAGUAAUAGGGUUGGACGUGGGGCUGUGGAGCCGGACCAGAGACAUCAGGGAGGUGCUCCGAGGGAGACACGUGGGAACACUUUUCUGCCCACGUACUCCCUUGGCCUAUAGACACUUUGGAGGAAGGAAUGGCGGGCGUGUAGAGGAAGGGUUGGGGGAGACCAGGAUCCCAUUCUUGGGUCACCACAGCUUGCCCCUAGUGCUGCCCUGCCCCUCUCUCCAAGCAUAGAAACACACACUGCAGACACUAGCUCCUUCCAUAAACCAGAAGCGUUGACUGCCUAGGGGGACUAUCCCUGCCUAGAUGGGGGCGCCCCUGGGGCCAGGGACCCAUGAGGGAGGAGCGUUGGGGUGGGGGGUGUUGAAUCCCUUCUUUCCCCCUCUAGCCCCUUUUUCACACUGUAUAUUCUGUAUAAAUCAAUACAAUUUUAAAUGGAAGCCCAGAUCUGCCCUCCCCCCUGCUCCCCAGAUGCCCCCCUUUGGUUGUUAUCACUGUGUGAUAGUCUCUGUCGGUCUGUCCCCUGUCCCUAGUCAGGGUUCCUAAGCUUCUCUUUGUAUAUUUAUUUCACUCUCAAUUUCAGCUCUACCCUAAUCCUUGAUCCACUCUUCUUCUUGCCUUCCCCCAUUGUAUGUGAAAAUCUGUCUCAAUAAAACCUUUGGAAUAAGAA